AUGGCAGCGGCGAUAGCAGCCGCAGAAGCAGCAGCACAACGAGCCGCAGAAGCAGCAGCACAACGAGCCGCAGAAGCAGCAACACAACGAGCCGCAGAAGUAGCAACACAACGAGCCGCAGAAGCAGCUGGUACGGCGACUCCUAGUCCGGCGAAGGGGCCGGCACCGCAGCUUCCUGAUACCAGUGGCGCUUCAGGCAAUUAUCUGACGCCGGGUGGGAACUGGGCGACAAACAAGAUGAAGAUGAGGAAGCGGGCGGGUCUGUCAGGAGAAGAUUAUAUCUCGUCGCAUUAUUUGAGCAUGCAGUCGUUGGAGGAUACCACUGGAAACAAUACUCCGUCGGUCAAGUCUGUGUCUUCGCCUUCUUCUUCGGGACGAUCGCCAUUGUUGGAACGACGACGGGGAAGAUUGUACGAGCGUCGUAGUGAGUUGAAGGAAGAGGUUGUUUCUCCAAAUUCACCCGAGGAGGAGUGA